AUCUUUCAUGAAAUAGUGAAUUGCAAAUGUCAGUGUACUGAUUUUGUGAGUUUUAUUUGUGCUGCUUAUCUUAUUUGAAUAGAUAUAUUAAACAUUAUCUAGUCUUAACCAUUUAUUUAUAUACAUAUUUUGUAUAGACUACAGAACACUUUCGUCUUUUUUAAUCAGAAGUUGCAAAAAUGCUACGUCUCCGGCCCAAGUCGGGAAGUGUCCGCAACAAUGACUGGCGCUGUUGCUUCUGUCUGCAUGUGCGCACCGGUACCAUAUUGCUUGGUACAUGGCAUCUGAUGCUACAUUUGGUAGCUUUGGGAUUCCUGGCGGCAAUCGUGCGCGAUCCUCAUCUGCUGGAGGAGCUGGAGCGUGACUCGGCGACGGCGGACUGGGGCGAGCUAGGUGCGGCCAUGCCCACUCCGCUGUCCAACGUCGAGCCGCCGCCCAGCCCCUACCCGCAACGUGGCAACCGACCCCGCGACUAUAGCUUGAUUUACAGUGAUGUGGAUCUCGGUGCACUGGUUACCUUGUGUACCCUGGUGAUUACCCUCUUUCUGAUCUAUGGUGCAUCCCGAGGCAAGCCUGUCCACCUGCUUCCCUUCUUCUGCCUUCAAAUAUUCGACUUUGCUAUCACUUUGAUGACUGCGACUGGAUACCUGUGCCACCUUCGCUCCAUCCACCACCUGAUCGCGGAGACUAAGCGUGUGCCGUGGCGCGCGCAGCUGCUGCAACUCUCCACGCCCACGCUCACGCUCAUCGUGCUCGGUGCCAUACUGCUCGCUAUACUCAUCAAGCUGUACUGCCUGCGUGUGGUGUGGCGCUGCUUCAAAUACCUGUCGAUGCUGUCGAUCCCCGCGCUGAGCCCCUUCGUGAUCACCAACGAUGUUCCGAGCCCUGGACCCGCACCCUACGCACCCGCGCCCUACGCUAAUCUACUGCCCGACUACGAGGAAGCCGUCAAGCAGACCCCCCCGCCCUCCUACCGUGCCGCCACCCUCAUGGCUGUCGUCGACCCCAACGUGGCCACAGCUGAAUUAUCCGCCGCUGCUCCCGCUAUGGCCGCCGCCGCCGCUCCUGCUGAGGCUGUCGCUGUCGCUCCCGCUGUGGUAGCCGCUGCCGCCGCCGCCGCCGCGCCCCCCGCACCCUUCGCACAGCACUCUACUGACACAGUCGUGAUUCUGCCGCAGCAGGGAACGCACGUGCGCGUUUGAAUCUCUUCACUAAUAUUUACAUACGGCGAAUGCCAUUAUCUAAUUGUUCGAGUAGAAAAAAAAACAAAAAAAUUAUCGAUGUUCUUUAAUUUAUUGCGAUAAGGCAUUUCAAUGGAAUUCACUUGUUAAUCUAAAAUUAUCACGAAUCUUCUGAAUUUAUUAAGUACUGCUUUAAAUGUUAGGUUUGUUUUUUUAU